UCCUGGUUGAUGUAAAUUUGUUGUUUAUACAAUGACAACUAUGCUGCAGUCGCUGUUCGUUUUUCACGUUGGAAUUGUAUUUCUUUGCAUAGUUACAGAUACCAGAGGACAGCAGAGUGUAUUUGCAACAAAUGAAACAUAUGAGUGGUUAAAUGCAAAGCAAAGGUGUACACUCUUAAAAGAUGAAAAGAGCAUUGCGUCCUCGAAUUUCUCUACAACUCUUGGAUGGACGAAUUUUUCUGCGAAAUAUUUGCCAUGGGUAGAGUAUAAAGGGUGUUUCAAGAUCUGGAGAACAGUAAACAAUUUCCAAGAAAAACAGGUUACAGAAGGAGAACAGCUUCAAGAAUGUAUGGUACAUUGCAAUACAUCUAAAUUAUUUGGUUUACAGAAUUCAACCUGUAUAUGUAUAUUUACUUCCAAUCUAACUGAGCUAUUUGAGUUAUCGUGUGAUAAAAAUGUGGCAACAUGUUCGGGAGAUCCUUUUGCAUUUUGUGGCACUGAAGGCAGGAGAGGUUACUUUUCUAUGUAUCAAAUAGUUAACAUUGACCGCGAACCUCGAUACAAACAUGGUCAUAUAGGAAACUGUUUGGAGAUGGAUACACAUUGGAAUUUUAAAGCAAAUAAAUGUUUAACACAAUCGAUUCCGUUGUGUUACGAUGGUAAGUAA